UAGUAUACAACUAUAACGUUGUGUCGCAAACUCGUAUUGCGUGCUGUUGGUGAUUUUAUAAAAGCCAUAAUGAAUACUGACUUGAACGUGGACGUAGAACUUACUAAUGACUAUCAUCUUGGUCAUUUCCUUUUGGACUGUUUUAAAAAACGUGGCAAGGACCAUUUCUGCCAGAUCGAUGCAUCUAUCGACGAUAAGCAGACAUAUGAAACAGCAUUGAACCUGACUGUUCGUCUGGCCAGAAGCCUAAAAAACAUGGGCUACCAACCUGGUGACGUCAUUCUCAUGGGUGGCACAAACCACGUUAAAGUUCGUAUACCCUUCUUCGCUGGCAUGAUGAUAGGACUACCUGUGUGUGGGGUCGACCCUUUGUUUAAAUGCGUUGAAAUAAAAACGUUAUUAAAUAUAACCCAAGCGAAAUUAGCAUUUUGUGACUACGUAAGCUAUGAUUAUUACAAGCAAGCAGCGGAAGAACUUGGACUGGACCUCAAAAUAGUCACAUUUGAUAAAGGUGACUUUACUUUUGAGGAUCUUCUUAGCAAAUAUGAUGAUAAUGAACCUAUAGAAGAGUAUAGACCUCUAUCUUUUGACAUAGAUAAAGUGCAUCUCUGGCUGAUGAGCACUAGUGGUACAACAGGGCCUCCUAAAAUAGCAGCAAUAAAACAUAAAAGCGCAUUACCAUCGAUAAAGGAAUUCAUGAAAUUAGGUAUAUUUGGCAGUUAUUUAAAAGAAGGUCAACAAGCAGUAUUGUGCGUGGCACCGGUCCAAUGGGUAUCCUCGUAUGUUCUAAGUUUCGGGACUAUAAUGACAGGCAACAUAUUAUUGAUAUCAGCAAAAUACAACAGUGUUGAUGUCUUGAUUGACAUGAUCAACAAGUACAGGCCGGUGGUUGUUGCAGCCAGUCCUCCUUUGUUUGGACUGAUUCUGAGACAAGAAAAGCAUUGCGACUUCACUUGCUUUGACAGGGUGAUAUUGGGUGGUGCAACUGUUUACAAAGAAUUAGCUGAUGGAUUAAAAGCUCGAAUGCGUGAAGAUGCUUACAUCGCAGAAGCAUACGGGCAAACAGAGAUGAUGGCCCUUUCACAUAUAGGGGGCAAAGAUACGCCAAUAGGAAGCUGUGGACAAGUUAUACCAGGACGUCAAGUUAAGUUGGUAGACCCAGACACCUACAAAGAAAUAACGGAGCCAAAUGUUCCUGGACAGUUAUUGUACAAGGGCCCUAUGAUUUCUGAAUACUACCGGAACCCCGAAGAGACUGCUAAAGUCUUCACAGAAGAUGGCUGGUUGAAGAGUGGAGACAAACUGUACCGUGAUGAAGACGGCAACUAUUACUUUGUAGAGAGACUCAAAAUGCUCUUCAAAUACCGCACCAUCCAAAUUUCUCCAACUGAAAUUGAGGAAGUGAUCCUGACAUUGCCAGGCGUUUUGGAAGUAUGUGUGACCAGUAUCGACCAUCCAAUCGACCAGCAGUGGCCGGUCGCUGUCGUAGUCAAACGACCAGGCUAUGACAUCACCGCUCAGGAGAUCAAAAAUAUUGUGGAGGAGAAGUUGUCAGACUCCAAAAAGCUGCGAGGAGGAGUUGUCUUCAUGGACCAGAUUCCGAAGACGUCCACUGGCAAAGUGGCAAGGAACCAGAUACGAACAAUGGUCAAGACAGCUACUAGGGAAUAAAUAGAUUUUUACACAUUU